AUGAUCCGCUUGUUAUGGUGCCUGGGCCUGGCGCUCUCGUGCGUGUGGGCCGAUGCCGUGGACACGCUGUACCCUGAUCUCAAGGAUCCGGCUGUGGUGCACAAGCCCGGAUACAACGCGACUAUGAUGGGACACAGGCGCGAGACGCGCAACACGACCUCCGACGGCACGUACUCGUACUGCUCCAUGCCGCACCCUGACGUGUCGUUUUACCAGGAGCCGGGCCCCGUGCAAAACAAGAGCGUGCAUGCGAAUCUGACCAAGCUCCUGUACAUCCAGCGCCACCAGAAGCGCACUGCCUACCACCUGUUCCCGAACGGGGAGAAGGACGUGUACACGUGCUCCGACUUGCGGACGUACUCGUAUGCAGGCCCCGCGGGCGGCCCUGAUGUCGAGCCUAUGCAAGUGUAUCCACGCACCUACGUUGACUUUUUGAACCCGCUGAACCAGCAGUUCACGAACUCGACGUGCCAGUUCCCCCAGCUCACGCUCGGUGGCUACUUGGACGGCGUCCAGCACGGACAGGACCUCCGUAAGCUGUACAUGGACAAGUACAACGUCAUUCCCGGUGAGCCGGAUCACAAGCGCGUGUGGUUCCGCACGUCGACCGCGCCUCUGACGCAGCACUCGGCCGCCGGUGUGUUGCGUGGUCUCUGGAUCGGCUACCGCGAAUCCCUGCCGGUAUUUGAGCAGUCCUCGAGCGUCGAUACGCACGAGCCAUCGUGCGACAAGGUCGACGAGCUCAAGAGUGCCGCGCAAAAGACGGAUGUCUGGCAGAAGCACUUGCAAGAGACGAGCGCUCUCCGCAAGGAUCUCGAGGCGAUCCUGCGGACGAACGCGAGCGACUGGCAGAAGGACUGGGACCACUACAACGACAACUUCCAGGCACGCCUGUGCAACGGCUAUGAACUGCCAUGCUCCCUCGACGAUCCGUCCAAGUGCGUGACGCCAGAACAGGCGCGGCAGGUGUUUGUGGCUGGCGACUGGGAGUACAACUACAACUGGGUGUCGCGCGAGAACGUGACCGAGGCCAUCAAGCUGACGAGCGGUCUGUACAUCCGGGACCUGAUCGAGCAGCUCAAGGAGCUGUCGAGUGGCAAGAGCGAGCUCCAGUACGUCCACCACUUUAUGCACGACGGCGAUAUCGGGCCCCUGGCUGGCUCCCUGGGUAUCGAGUCGCUCCGCUGGCCAGGCAUGGCGUCCAACAUCGCGAUCGAGCUGUGGACGACCGAUGACAAGAAGACGUUUGUGCGCGUCCUGUACAGUGGCCACACGAUCCGCUCGCGGCACGGCAACUUGGACUGGAUGCCAUUGGACGCGUUCCUUCACAUGUGGAGCCAAUAUGUGCCCACCGACUUUGAGGCGCAAUGUCGCACGUAG